UUUGUAUACAUUUCAACACACGUAACCAGUUCUGGUGUUAGAAAAACACAAAAAAAAAAAACACGCACAUUGUUCGACAAACAGGUGGACUUCCAUUACAAUUUACGCAUCCACCGGGUUUAUUGUAUCUUUGAUAAGUUAAUUCGAGAAGCAAUGAAUGAAUUUUUGAUUAUUUUUCUCUGUUUCCCCCCCUUCGGAUGACCAAUCAGAUAACAGAAUGAACGCGAGGCGUUACGCACUCGUCUAUCGCUAUGGAAGACUCCGACCGAUCUUCAUUUAGCAAUCACCCUUUCACACGACAUUACAAACACCGAAAUCUCCAGAACUGUUCCACAUUUUUAUUAUGAAGUAAAAAUGAGCAGCAAACCGACAAACAGGUAUUUUGACGGGGAAAUUGGAGCUCCUUGGCAAGAACUUCUUCCAAAUGGUGUUCGUAAUGUUGGUGACGUAGAUGCCUCGUCUUGCACUCCAUUGGAUGAUCAAUCUCCGACAUCGAUCAAUCCCCCAUCUUUAGGAAGCAAAGAUGAAAACUCCAUGGUUAGAUAUCAACAGACAAAAAUAAUACCGGGAAGAAUACGAAAGCGUGUGGUGCUGAAAAAUGGCGUCGUUAAUUUAUCUAAAGCUCAUUUAUCCAAGAGAAGUCAACGCUACUUGCAAGAUAUCUUCACUACUUUAGUAGAUAUCAAAUGGAGAUGGAAUCUGUUGGUAUUUGCAAUGGGUUUUAUUCUUAGUUGGCUUAGUUUUGCCCUCAUCUGGUGGCUCAUCUGUAUGGCUCACGGAGAUCUGGAUCCUGUGGAUGACAAUUGGAAACCUUGCGUAGAAAGUUUAAAUUCUUUUACGUCUGCUUUCUUAUUUUCAGUCGAAACACAGCAUACUAUUGGAUACGGUUCAAGAUACACUACGGAAGAAUGCCCCGAAGCUAUCUUUAUUAUGGCCAUACAGUCCGUGACUGGUGUUAUGAUCCAAUGUUUUAUGGCAGGUAUUGUGUUUGCUAAAUUAUCCAGACCUAAAAAACGCUCCCAGACAUUAAUGUUCAGUCGUUAUGCGACAAUAUGUUUAAGAGAUGGCAAACUCUGCUUGACUUUCAGAGUUGGAGACAUGAGAAAAUCACACAUUAUAGGUGCAACUGUAAGUGCUCAGUUAAUCCGAAGGAAAACGACAGCUGAGGGAGAAAUCAUACCGUAUUAUCAGACAAGUUUAGAUUUAAAGUUUGACGAGGGUGCAGAUCGUGUCUUUCUGAUUUGGCCCGCUACUAUUGUACAUCAAAUCGACAGUAACAGCCCUUUUUAUGCUCUCUCUGCAGAAGACAUGUUGAGAGAGAGAUACGAAAUUGUAGUCAUUUUAGAAGGAACCAUUGAGUCUACCGGUCAGUCGAUUCAAGCCAGAUCUUCAUACCUCCCAAACGAAAUUCUCUGGGGUCAUCGUUUCGAACAGGUUGUAAGUUUUCGUAAAGAAACAGGAGAAUACUUAGUUGAUUAUAGUAAAUUCAAUAGUACUCAAGAAGUGGAGACUCCUCUUUGCAGUGCCAAAAUGUGUUAUGAAUACCAAAGAAUGGUUAAUGAUAUUCCUAGAAUCUUGCAAAGUCCAAGUUCGGCUAGACCAAUAAGAAGAUGCCUUUCUAACAUUGAACAACAUCAGCGUGGAAUUACAUUAGAUGGCGAAGAACCUUUCAUUGAUGAAUGUUAAAUUAAUUCAUAAAACAAAGCUCGAUACGUUACAAAUCAAUUUUUGAUAGACUAUAAUUUUAAAAACACCGUAUUAUUCCGAAUAUAGUACUAUCUUUUUUUCCGAAAUGUCUACUUCUCAGAGUAGUAUUUACUACAUGCAAGUUCUUUCUACCCUUAUACUUAGUAUUAUUGCAACAUCCUGCAGUUAAAAGUCUGUUUUACUCUACUCAAAUGUUGCUAGUGUGGUAUUUUACGUAGUUUUUACAUAAGAAAAAUUGGUGGACACGGGUCGUGUUGAAAAACGAAGCUCAACAUCUCGGCAGCUAAACAAGGAAAUAAGAAAUCAUUCGACUCAGUUUCAAAAGCACGAUUCUUCGAUAUGGCCAGAAUCAAUAAUUGUGAGGCAGCACGAAAAUUCGGAACGACGGAGGCAAACAUGGAGUACUAUUUUGUAGGCGAUUUUAUACAUGUAAAAAUAAAGGUUGCACUAUAUUCGGUUUGUUCUCCCUUUAUAUGAAGCACACCUUGAAACUUGGGGUCGUAUAUUCGGAACAAUACGGUCUUUUUUAAAACUCUUUCUGCCCUGUGAGCACUAAGAGGAUCUUUUUUUAGCAUGCCCAUUAUGGAUUUGACCAGUCUUACAACGGGGCAGAGACGGGGUCCGAAAUAUCCGGAUGGACUCGUCCUCAUUCGAUCUCGGAUCUCCCAGAGAAAGACUGCCAUCUAAACCGCUCUGUCAUCCGGAACAAUACUAUAUAAAGGCUUAAUUUAAAUUUUUAAAGUAGUAGUAUGUAAUUUAUAUACUUUUAUGCUUUUAUCUGCUUCAAGUAAAUUGUAACAGUCAUUUUUUGUGUGUAUAUAAACCCAAAAAAAAAAAACACAGUUAUCGACCAUUAGAGUGAAUUUUACAAAUAUCAAUUCAUAUUAAUUAUUAUAAAAAUAAGACCUUAUCAUAAAAGAAAUUUUUUGUUUAUAAUGGUAACUGUAGUUAAAGUCAGUUUGUAAUUUCAUAUCAAUUAAAAAUAUAAAUAUUUUUUGAAAGUUUUCCAAUUUUUUAAUGCAUAAAAACAAUCCCCAUUCAAAAUAUGAAUUCAUGUAAAAUACUAUUAUUUUAUGUAUUGUAAUCAAAAAGGAAGAUGUCAAAAUCACAGGUAGAUCAGAGAUUUUGCAAUAAGAUGACUAAGCUUCUUUUUUAUCCAAUGGUCUUUCGAAAUUAUUUUUGGAUCAUAAUAUAUAUACAUCAAUUGUUAAACUAUAUAUUUAUUC